CCUCCUUGACACGUAAUGGCGACAAAACACUUCCGGCCCCUGCUAUCCAGCCCCGUUCAUUUAUUAACUAUCAACUUCCGGUUGAUCCUUCUUUUCGGCAACGGCUACAAACUCGCCAACAUGCCACUCGCAAAGGACCUGUUGCACCCAACCUCAGAGGAGGAGAAGAGGAGUCACAAGAAGAAGCGUCUUGUACAGAGCCCUAACUCAUAUUUUAUGGAUGUCAAAUGUCCAGGAUGCUAUAAGAUCACGACAGUGUUCAGUCACGCCCAGACGGUCGUCCUGUGUGUCGGAUGCUCCACAGUCCUGUGUCAACCUACAGGGGGUAAAGCACGCCUCACAGAAGAUGAUGUGCCUCAUCGUGGAGUCUGACAUUCACCGCAGCACCAUGCAAUGCACCCUGGACUGACGAAGCAGACACAGGAGGAAUGUGUUAGACCCCCUGUUAAAUUACACAUUCGUUGUGAGAAAAUUGCAAAAAUAUGAUAAAUGGCUCAUUGGAGAGAAGACAACCUCUCGUGUUAUGACAUCGGCCCGUAUUCAAAUCUGACAUGUAUGACAGACGGUUUUGCAAUCUAAAAGUCAUAUUCCUAUUAACUUCCAGGGUAGUGAGAGGCUCAGGGCUACAUCAUACCGGCCUGAAUUUCUGUCUGCUUGAACGGCAAUGGCUCAGAUACACAUGAAAUGACCAAGGGAAUUGAUAGGACAUCACCCAGAGAUGCACAAAAACACAACAUUCAAAAUGGGUGAAUCUUUAUUCAAAGUGCCGAAAAAAUGUGUAUUGCGAUUUGAUGUUAAACAUAUUUCUCACUAUAUGAUGUUGCCAGGUGGAACCUAUUCCCUGUAUUGUUUGCUUAGUGACAGCAGCGCUAUAUACCGUUUCCUGGAUCACCAGUCAUUUGGUCAAUAUUGUCCUAGUAUUAAUGAUUGACAAUAUUGGCAUGCAGUGAGUUUCUAGUCUGUCCAUAUCAUAACAUGCUGACUGGACCAUGUUGGUUUUGUAUGUCCACACCAGACGCAAUCCAAGACACGCAGGUUGAAAUAUCAAAACAAGCUCUGAACCAACUAUAUAAAUGCAAAAUGUUGGUCCCAUGUUUCAUGAGCUGAAAUAAAAUAUCCCUGUUAGUGA